UGCGGAAAUUGUAGCACUGGUACCUGUGAGAAAGACAGUGGAAAUUGUGGCGCCUGUAACACAAGCUUUUACGGAGCAAAGUGCAAUGUACCAUGUCGCAUCACCUGCCUGCAUCAAGAAUGUGGAAAAACAUAUGGACAUUGUAGUAAUGGUUGCAAAAAUGGAUUUUAUGGUCCAUUUUGUAAUACGAAAUGCAGUCGAAACUGUGCACAAACCAAAUGCUUUCGAAAUGGAAUUUGUAUUAAUGGGUGUAAACAAAACUGGGCAGGCGAGCAAUGUGAUGAGUGUGAUUCCAAUCAUUACGGACUUGAUUGCUCCAUGGAAUGCAGUGUUAACUGUGAAAGACAGACGUGUGACAGUAUUACUGGAUCCUGUACAUAUGGAUGUAAAAGGGGAUUUUACUUAGAAAAGUGUAAUCAGAAUUGCAAUGAAUCAUGUCCCUCAGCCUGCAACAGAUACUCUGGGUAUUGUGAAGGCAAAUGCCCACCUGGAAAAUAUGGAAAUGCUUGUAAUAAAAUAUGCAACCCGAAUUGUAAAAAUGAAUGCGGUAGAAACAACGGUUUGUGCGACUCUGGUUGCAUUUUUGGGAAAUUUGGCGCUGACUGUCUCAGAUCUUGUGGAGCAGGUUGCGUAUCCAGUUGUCGUCAAAAUGAUGGAAGUUGCCAAUGUAAAUCAGGAUGGAAGGGUCCAAACUGUGAUGGAUGCGAUUUAAAGCAUUAUGAACAAGAUUGUUCCAAAAAAUGUAGUGCAAAUUGUGAAAGGGAGAACUGUGACAAUAUUACUGGAUCCUGCACCCAUGGAUGUGAAAGAGGAUUUUAUCUAGAAAAGUGUGAGAAAAGAUGCAGUACAUCAUGUCCGUCAGCCUGCAACAGAUACUCUGGGGAAUGUGAAGGUGAAUGCUCCGUUGGCAAGUAUGGAGAAUUUUGUAAUAAAACUUGUAGCCAAACAUGUAACCAUAGAUGCCGUAAAAUCGAUGGUUUGUGCACUUAUGGUUGCAUUGACGGUAAAUUCGGCGCCGCCUGUCUUCAGACCUGCGGUGAUGGGUGUAUUUCCGGUUGUCAUCAAACCAAUGGGAAUUGUUCCUGUAAAACAGGAUGGCAGGGCCAAAAUUGUGAUGAAUGUAGUCCAAACUUUUACGGCAACAAGUGUGAUCGGAAAUGUAGCUCCAACUGUCUAAACGAAACCUGUUUCUCAAAAAAUGGGUUUUGUAUAGGGGGAUGCAAAGGCGACUUUACGGAUGAACAAUGUACAAUACCCCUCGUUGAAGGUGACUCGACAUCAUUACCAUUUACAGCUAUUGGUGCUGGACUGGGCGCUGGAUUAUUUCUGUUGGUUAUAAUAAUCAUUGUGGUCAUUUUUCUCAGACGACGAAAGAAUUCUUAUUCCAAACCAGAUACAGUUCUGUUUCGAAAGGAAGGAACCCCAUCUUUAGAAAACAGGUUAUGCAUGAACAUCGGAGACGUUCCCAUUACAAUCGAGGAUCCAGAAGAAGAACCUCAGAUAGAAAACCCCGAGGAAGCUGUAUAUUAUAAUGAACUGUCUGUGGCUAAGGAUAUCUCAGUGUCGGAUCUACUGAAGAUAAUUACUGAGCGAGAAGCCAAGGAAAACGAGGGAUUCCUCAAAGAGUUCAAGAUGCUGCCAUACGGAGAAAGGUUUGACUGUGAAAUCGCUAAAGCGGAGAAAAACAUGCCUAAAAACAGAUUCAAAACCACAUUUCCAUAUGACCAUUCACGCGUUGUUUUAGAUACUAGCCAGGGCUUCACCUCCGAUUACAUUAAUGCGAACUAUAUUGAGAAUAUGGAAGGGGAACGGGACUUCAUUGCAUGUCAAGGACCUCUUAAAAACACUUUAGUUGACCACUGGAGAAUGAUUUGGCAGGAGAAUGUAGAAUACAUUGUCAUGUUGACCAACCUUAUUGAGGGACCAAAGGUGAAAUGUCAUCAAUACUGGCCAGACAAAGGACAAGAGCUGGAUGUCAAUCCCUUUGCAGUAACCUUGGUGGAAGAGAAGCAGUACGCUUAUUUCGUCGAAAGAAGAAUGACACUGCGUAACAAGAAAGUCGCAGGGUCAAGGACGAUCGUCCAGUAUCACUACACAAGAUGGCCAGAUCACGGAACUCCCAAUCCUCUGAACUUGAUCGUCUUCCACCGUCACUUUAGACACAAAUCCAGAUCUACCCAACACCCGAUUAUUGUUCACUGCAGUGCUGGAAUUGGAAGAACAGGGACAUUUAUUGCCCUUGACGUUCUGUGUAGAUAUGGCAAGGACAAGGGCAAGGUCAAUGUCAUAGAGUAUGUCAAGGCCAUGCGUAGAGACAGGAUGACAAUGAUACAGAAUGUGGACCAGUAUGUGUUUCUGUACCAUGCCCUGUACGAGUUCUUCAGAAGGAAAGUACAUUAUAUAAAGAGAGACGAAUUCCUCAGUCAAUAUGGUGAUAUGAACAAAAUGCUUACAAACGAAUUCAACGAACUGGUAAGCUUAAAACCAAAAUAUGAUGCCAGCGAGUUCAAGAGUGGAAAGAAGUUUUCGGAACUGAACUUUACCAAAUCAGUUUUACCAGUUGAGCAACAUCUAGUCUAUUUGACGUCCCAUGUUCAAGGCCGACAGUGUUAUUAUAAUGCAGUGAAUGUUUGUUCGUUCACCCGAGCUGAUGAAUUUUUAUCUGCUCAAUUUCCUGUUUCUGGAGCAGCCAUAGAUCUUGUUCGUCUUCUAACUGAUCAGGAAUCAGCAUUUCUUAUUUCAUUGAACCCUUUGUCAGAGCUUAAAGAGCUACAAAGCUGGGUUGAUGGAAAAGACAAUCCACUAAAACUGAAUCCUUAUGUUGUCACUAAGGGUUCACAAGAAGUAUUUUCCGGGAAGAUAAGAAAGACAAAUCUUAAAAUAUCGACAAAGGAAGAAACCCAUCAUGUUGAGAUAUUUGAAUGCCUGAAUUGGAGUUCUAAGGAUACGCUUCCAACCGAUACUUCUGUUUUGACAACCCUCAUAAAGCAGUUCAGUCUGGAUCGCAAAGCUAACAUUAAUGGACCUGUAACGGUCAUAUCCAAGGACGGUGCUACCUGUUGUGGAGUGUUUAUUGCAGUGUAUAACGCCAUAGAACAACUACAACAAGACGACGAGGUGGACAUAUUUACUAUAGUACAGCAGAUACAGUGUAGAAGACCGGAAAUGAUAUCAACAAAGGAUGAGUAUGAAUUUUGCUUCAAAGCCGUGUCUGAUUUUCUGAAUACUGAGAGUGUGUAUGCCAACACAUGACAGAUUUAUCCAUGAUGAUAUAGUGUAUUUUGAAACAGUGAUGCUGACAAUUUUCCUAACCAGUAUAUGUAUGAUAGCACGGUCAAUAUUAGAUGUAAAUAUUAAUCAAAACUUUCAAUGUAAUGAUAAAUUAGUUUUUUAUGCUUAUGAAAAUGUAUUGUUUUUAAAACAUGUGGUUUAUGGAACGCAAAUUUGAGCUUGACGCAUUUUUUUUAUAUAUAUGUAAAACACUUUUAUCCUGGCCCAAAGGCUCAGGUGAGCUCUUCUGAAAAAAAUUCCGUCGUCCUGCAUCAUGUUACAUGUUUUUGUCGUGUGUUAAUAUUCUUUUUAAUUUAUUUUCUUUAGAACAACGGGUUCAAAGUCAAUAAUUAUUUUUUCUUGGCAAAGGGGAUUCCAUAUUUGUUUUAAUGAGGAUCAACAAGGUUAUUCAAGAAUCAAAAAUAAAUAAACACCGACGGAUGAUUUUUUUUCUAUAUUUAAAAUUUUUAACCCGACCCAAAUGACCUGUUGAGCUUUUCCAAAA